UGCUGCUUACACUUGCUUCUGACACAGCUGUGUUUGCUAGCAACCACACAAACAGACACCAUGGGAUUUCUGACUGCCGAGGAGAAGAGUCUGGUCAAUGACCUGUGGAGCAAGGUGAACGUGGACGAAGUUGGCGGUGAGGCCCUGGGCAGGCUGCUGGUUGUCUACCCCUGGACUCAGAGGUUCUUCCAAUCCUUUGGGGACCUGUCCUCUGCUGAUGCCAUUAUGGGCAACAGUAAGGUGAAGGCCCACGGCAAGAAGGUGCUGAACUCCUUCAGUGAUGGCCUGAAACAUAUCGAAGACCUCAAGGGCACCUUUGCUAAGCUCAGUGAGCUGCACUGUGACAAGCUGCACGUGGAUCCCGAGAACUUCAAGCUCCUGGGCAACGUGCUGGUGUGUGUGCUGGCUCACCACUUUGGCAAUGAGUUCACCCCCCCGGUGCAGGCUGCCUAUCAGAAGGUGGUGGCUGGUGUGGCCAAAGCCCUGGCUCACAAGUACCAUUGAGAUCAUGACGGAAGAACCUGAAUCCUUAAAUUCUAUCUUCUGAACUUGGCAAAAUAAUGUCUACCUUCAAGGGUAUGGAUUCUGUCUAAUAAAGAACUUUCAACUCA